AUGUAUGAGUUGGUCAAAGUAGGUCAUGACAACCUGGUGGGCGAGGUCAUUAGAAUUGAUGGUGACAAAGCAACCAUUCAGGUUUAUGAGGAGACUGCUGGUGUGACGGUGGGAGAUCCUGUUCUCCGUACUGGAAAACCUUUAUCCGUUGAGCUAGGACCCGGUUUGAUGGAGACCAUCUAUGAUGGAAUCCAGAGACCUCUUAAGGCUAUCAAGGAUGUUUCUCAAUCCAUCUAUAUUCCAAGAGGAAUUGAUGCACCAGCAUUGUCGAGAUCUGUGGAAUAUGAUUUCAAGCCAGGCUCUUUGAAAGUGGGAGAUCACAUAACCGGAGGAGAUAUUUUUGGUUCGACUUUUGAAAACUCUCUUUUGUCUGACCAUAAAAUCUUACUUCCCCCAAGAGCUAGAGGUACAAUUGUUUCCAUCGCAGAGUCUGGCUCUUACCAUGUGGAUGAUACUGUUUUAGAAGUUGAGUACGAUGGAGUGAAGCAUGAAUAUUCAAUGAUGCAUACUUGGCCGGUUAGAGUUCCAAGACCAGUUGCACAGAAGCUUUCUGCAGACUUCCCUCUUCUUACCGGUCAAAGAGUUUUAGACUCUUUGUUUCCGUGUGUUCAGGGUGGUACUACUUGUAUUCCUGGUGCAUUUGGAUGUGGAAAGACUGUCAUUUCCCAAUCACUUUCAAAAUACUCCAAUUCGGAUGUUAUUAUUUAUGUCGGAUGUGGAGAGCGUGGAAAUGAGAUGGCAGAAGUUUUGAUGGAGUUCCCGGAACUGUUCACUGAGCACAAUGGUAAGAAGGAGCCGAUUAUGAAGCGGACAACUUUGGUCGCCAAUACUUCGAAUAUGCCUGUUGCUGCUAGAGAGGCAUCUAUUUACACCGGCAUUACUUUAGCAGAAUAUUUCAGGGAUCAGGGAAAAGAUGUUUCAAUGAUUGCAGACUCCUCCUCAAGAUGGGCAGAAGCACUGCGUGAAAUUUCUGGACGACUGGGAGAGAUGCCUGCCGAUCAGGGCUUCCCAGCUUAUUUAGGUGCAAAGCUUGCCUCUUUCUACGAAAGAGCAGGAAAGUCUGUUGCUUUGGGCUCUCCGGAUAGACUUGGAUCUGUCUCUAUUGUUGCUGCGGUUUCUCCGGCCGGUGGAGAUUUCUCCGACCCUGUUACUACUUCCACACUCGGUAUCACUCAAGUUUUCUGGGGAUUGGACAAGAAGCUUGCGCAAAGAAAGCAUUUUCCUUCGAUCAAUACUGCAAUCUCCUAUUCCAAGUACACGAAUGUUUUGAACAAGUACUACGACUCCAAUUACCCUGAGUUUGCCACCUUGAGAGACAGAAUGAAGGAAAUUAUUUCGAAUGCUGAAGAGCUUGAACAAGUCGUUCAACUUGUUGGAAAAUCGGCCCUAUCCGACUCUGAUAAGAUUGUUUUGGACGUUGCAAAUUUGAUUAAGGAGGAUUUCUUACAGCAGAAUGGUUAUUCCACCUACGAUGCUUUCUGUCCUAUCUGGAAAACCUAUGAUAUGAUGAAAGCUUUCAUUUCCUAUUAUGACGAGGCGCAGAAGGCAGUUGCAAACGGAGCACAGUGGUCCAAGCUUUCGGAUGCAACAGCUGAUGUAAAGCACGCAGUGUCGUCUGCCAAAUUCUUCGAGCCAAGCAGGGGCCAGGAAGCUCUUGCUGGAGAGUUUGAAAAGCUGUUGGCUACUGUCACGGAGAGAUUUCAGGAAGCUGCUGAAUAG